UAAACAUACCAAAGUUUAACAACCACUGUAAUAACAUUCAAAAAACGGAAUAAAAAGGGAAACAUUUUGAAAUACUAUCAUUCCUUCGAGAGAAAUAGAAGAAAAAUAAAAAUAUGUUUCUUAGAGGCUUAAUAUUUCUGUUAUCUAUCAGUCAUUUAUUAGCGUCAGAAUCAUGGAAAAAACCUGGUUGCCAUAUUAGGGGUCACAAAAAAAAUAUAACUAUUCCGGACUGUGUCAAGUUCGAGAUAACGACAAAUGCCUGCCGAGGAUACUGCGAGUCAUGGUCCCUACCCAGUAUUAUGUUUGGUUUCAAACGACAUCCGGUUACUUCUUUAGGGCAAUGUUGUAACAUUAUGGAAUCUGAGGACAUUCCAGUAAAAGUAUUGUGCUUAGAUGGAGAAAGAAAUUUAAUUUUUAAGUCGGCUGUUACUUGUGCCUGCUACCAUUGCCAGAAAGAGUAAAUCUCAAUAAUUUUACUGUUAUAAAAUAUUACUUAUGUAUUUAGUUAAUUAUGCAUUAACAUAAUUGUAUGAAACUGUAAAUAAAAACGAAAUGUAACUUGCAAUUUAACGAUAUUACUUUGUGGUUUUCCCUUUACUUAUUGCAAUUAAAC